AUGUUAAAGAGUUUGGUGUAUAAGAACUUUAGGUUGCAAGUGCAAGGGAUCCGUCGAUUGGCAUCCGUAGCUUCGAAUACCGGCCUGGAGCUGGUUGAUAGCUCCGAUACCUCGACGACUAUAAAGUUAGACAACAAGAUGUUGGUAACUUACCACAACGUGUUUCUUAGAGACUCGUGUACAAUGGCAGACAAGUCAAUUCAUAAAGACUCGAAACAGAAGUUGUUCAAGACGUCAGAGAUUGUACCCAAAUCAAUUCCAGCUUCCACACCUAAAGUGGUGGAAGAUCCAAGAACAGGUGCUUCAAUGUUGGAGAUUGAAUGGGACGAAGGCGAUGGUAAAGUUCAUAAGUCGUCCUAUUCCAAACAGUUCCUGACUCAAUAUUCCAACAUUGAAGCUCGUAGAAUCGGUAAAUUUUUUGAGAAUGAUGUUAUUCAAUGGGAUCGGAGUAAAUUGGUCACAGCUAGGAAUAAGGGGAAAAUAGACUUCGAAUACGAUUCUUAUAUCAAGGAUGACUUAGUUUUGUUUGACGUUCUGAAAAAGAUUAACACCUAUGGAAUUGUAUUUAUAAACAACAUUCCUAAACAAAAAGAAAACACUAACAAAUGGUUUAUUGAGGAUAUUGCGACGAGAAUUGGUUAUAUCAGGGAGACUUUCUAUGGCAAGUUAUUUGAUGUCAAAUCGGUGGACAACGCCAAGAACAUUGCUUACACAUCUCAUUCUUUGCCACUUCAUAUGGAUCUGUUGUACUACCAAUCGCCCCCAGGUUUGCAAUUGCUUCAUUCCAUUAAGAACUCCGUGGAGGGUGGAGAGUCGAUAUUUGCCGAUUCUUUUUUUGCUGCUAAAUAUGUCGCCCAAACUGAACCGCAAGCCUACUUUGCUUUAACGAAUGUACCCAUUUCGUACCAUUACGAAAAUGACGAGCAAUACUAUUACUAUGCAAGGCCACUAGUUGUCGAAGAUGAGGCCUCAACAGAUUUUGCAACGGGCCAACACACGAUCAAAGAAUGCAAUUAUUCCCCCUCAUUUCAAGCGCCAUUCGAAUUUGGUAUCACGAAGCCAUUCUCUCCCCAGGAUAAGGACGACCUGGUGUCUUCGCAUAGUAUCUCCUCCAAUGUUAACAAUGCCAAGGAAAUCGGUGACUCAUAUCUUUUCAAAGAUUUCCUGCGGGGUUUAGCAAUGUUUGAAGAGUUUGUACACGAUCCAGUUAACCAAUAUGCUAUUAAAAUCCCAGAAAAUACUUGCGUAAUCUUUGACAACAGAAGAAUUUUGCAUUCCAGAAAUGAGUUUGUACUGAAAGAGGGUGAAGAGAGAUUCUUGAAAGGAUGUUACCUCAAUAAGGACACCUACAUGUCCAAGUUGCGGGUGUUGACCAAGAAGUUUGGCCAUUUGUUUUCGUAA